UCAAUCAUUGCAACCACGCCCACCCACGAGUGAGUGUGACGAACCGUUUCCUGUUCCAGAAACCGAGAAACUGUCCUUCAUUUACCGGCGUCUCUUUUUUUAAUCUUGCAUCAACUGGAGAGGCGAGCGCCAAGUCAAAUAUAUAUACAGGGCUAAUUCUUGUGAAAUUCACAGCAAUCCCGGAGAUACGGAGUUUGGAAUUGCGAGAAAGGGACACCCGAAAGCAAUCUGAAUCGGACUUUAGCUUUUCAGAAAGACAGAUUGCACAGGGCAAGCGAAUCCGGGUGGGCUAGCUGAGCGGGAGAGACCGAACAAGGGCGACGUAGACUCCAGCCAAAUGAGUACAGAGGCACGGGAUCUGCAUAGCAAGAGGAGCUGCAAAACCGUGCACGAUUAGAUUAUCUUGUAUUUGUAUUUAAUAUCUUGAAUCAUCGUCAAAACCAUCUUUUAAAUAGACACUGCGUUCUUUUCUUAACAUUUUUUUUUAAACUCAAAGGAAACUGUUUUAAUUUUGGUUUUGUUUUGGUGGAUCGUUAAAAACACAUAUAUUACAUUUAGCGGAUACCGGUUAUGCAGAAGGAGAGAUCGAUCAUUUCCCCCUUGCUAAGCGGAGUGUUCUGCCAAUGCGGUUCGGACCCGGGCGGCGGAGGCGGCACCGCUGUCUCAGAACCUCACCAACACUGCAGCGACGCACACGCCAGUUCGGCAGAGUUCGGGUCCGGUUCCUGUGGCGGGGCGCUGUGUGGUGCUGGUACCGAACAGGAACACCGUCUCAAGGUUCUGUUUCAAGUGCUGGACGUCAACAAAGACGGGGGUAUCUGUGUCAACGACUUGACCAUCGGGCUGAAGAAGCUGGGAGUUCACCGGACUGAGAACGAACUGAGGAAAAUCUUGAAGGCUGGCGACAAGGAUCUGGACGGCCAGCUGGACUUCGAUGAGUUUGUUCACUACCUCAGAGACCACGAGAAGAAGCUGAGACUGGUCUUCAAGAGUCUGGACAAGAAGAACGACGGUCAUAUCGACUCUCAGGAGAUCAUGCAGUCCCUGCGAGACCUCGGAGUCAACAUCUCCGAGCAGCAGGCAGAAAAAAUCCUGAAGAGAAUAAGGAAGGGUCAAGUCUGGUCCCCUGUUACUUACAUGGAUAAAAAUGGUACAAUGACAAUAGACUGGAACGAAUGGAGAGAUUACCAUCUUUUGCACCCGGCUGACAACAUUCCUGAGAUCAUCCUGUACUGGAAACACUCCACAAUAUUUGACGUCGGUGAAAGCCUGACAGUGCCCGAUGAGUUCACCGCGGAGGAGAAGCAGACCGGGAUGUGGUGGCGACACCUAGUGGCGGGAGGGGGUGCAGGCGCAGUGUCCCGGACCUGCACGGCCCCUCUCGACAGACUCAAAGUGCUAAUGCAGGUGCACGGUUCCAGGAGCAGCAACAUGUGCAUAGUGGGUGGAUUCACGCAGAUGAUCCACGAGGGAGGAGUCCGGUCUCUGUGGCGAGGGAACGGCAUUAACGUCGUGAAAAUCGCACCGGAGACGGCGAUCAAGUUCAUGGCCUACGAGCAGAUAAAGCGCUUGAUUGGCACUGAUCAGGAGACCCUGGGAAUCCUGGAGCGGUUCGUCGCUGGAUCGUUAGCUGGUGCGAUUGCUCAAAGCAGCAUCUACCCCAUGGAGGUGCUGAAGACCAGACUGGCUCUGAGGAAGACCGGGCAGUACUCUGGAAUCGCAGACUGUGCAAAGAGGAUUUUCCAGAAGGAGGGCUUCCGGGCGUUCUACAAGGGAUACGUUCCCAACAUACUGGGGAUCAUUCCAUACGCUGGCAUCGACCUGGCGGUGUACGAGACAUUGAAGAAUUCCUGGUUGCAGAAUUACGCCACAGACAGCGUGAAUCCCGGGAUGUUUGUGCUCCUGGCUUGCGGGACAGCUUCCAGCACCUGUGGACAGCUGGCCAGUUACCCCCUUGCGCUGGUGAGGACGAGAAUGCAGGCACAAGCGACGCUUGAGGGAGCUCCUCAGAUGUCCAUGUCGGGGCUCUUCAGGCAGAUUGUGAGGACGGAGGGGGUUGCAGGACUGUACCGAGGCUUGGCCCCCAACUUCAUGAAGGUCAUCCCGUCGGUCAGCAUCAGUUACGUGGUGUACGAGAAUCUGAAGAUGACCCUGGGGGUUCAGUCUCGGUGACGAGGAGAGACUGAAAUGUGACGACACUGGGACUGAAGAAUCUCGGGCAAUGGGACUCCGGGCUGCAUGGUCAUCUCAUUCUGUGAAUGCCUGAAAACACUAGGAAAAUGCUACUGAACUGUAGCAACAAUCUUUCAGUGUGAGACGCAAGAACCUGGGGGAAGCUGCUGUGUACACUUUGAUUUACUCGGAAGUGGUGCUAAAAGGGGCAAAAGAUGCAGCCAAAAUGCAGGCGCAGAUUCAAAAACUAAAGUUGUGCUAGUCUGAAAACGAACAUCAAUAGAAAACAAAUUAAAUAACGAGCAGGGACCAAAAAGAUGUCCACUUUUGGCCCACUUCCAGAUUGCUGCUGCAGAAACACGGAUACAUAUCCAAAAAGCUAGAGCUUUCAUUGAGAACAAAAUGUGAAGUGUGUGUGUGAUCAGAAACUCCCCUCCCCUUGGCAACUUGUUACACCUCUAUCGAGCAGGAGGCAUGAUGGGAUACUGGAGGUUUCUGCCUACCUGCACAGCUUCAAAAGAAAAACUUCCUAUACUUGUGUGCUUUUUAAUUUAUUUUUAUUUGAGUUUUUUUAUUUUUUUUAAUUGUGCACGACUUGCUUUAUCUUGUUUUUAGUGUUUUCCUGUUAUGAUCACAAGGGGCUUGUUAUUUUGUGUUCCAGCUCUAACACCGUUCAGUCCAGUCACUGCUCGUGAGGUUUACAUGUUUUGCUGUUUUUUUUUUUUUGCUUCUUAAACAAGCUAAUCUUUCCUCUAAUGGAACCAAAACUGUAUACUACUUGAAGAGGAAAAAGCUUAAAACUUGCACACGUUAUUAUUUUUGUAUUUUCUUUUUUACUUUCUUUUAAAGCUGUGCAGGUAGGAAGCGAGUGUCUUACACACUGAGCUGUCUUAAUGAAGAACGAAUCAGAGUUGUUUUAAAGUGUCAUUUAUUUUUAUAUGUCUCAUACAGUGCUAACCAGAUAUAUUUAUUUCGAGAGAAAACAUUGUACGUUCUAUAAGUUUUGCAUGUUAUAUAUAUAUAUAUAUUUAAAUACAUGUUCAGUGCUCCUUUUCGAAUCGGGUUGCUUUUGUUUCUGAAUCGGGUGACUGGAAUGAUGAGAUCUGCUUCUCUUUUGUGUAAUUGUCUGGCAAAGAGAUAUAUUAUAGACGCAGCAUUCAGAAACUAGAGGCAAUCGAGGAAGGGUUUCUCGCUUUCAUAUUUAUUUAAAGAACUGAAAUGGUCUUAUGUGUACAAAUUUCUUUUUUUUUUGUGUUUAACAUUGAUUGUGAAAGAUAGAAUGAGGCUUGAGUGUGUUUUUUUUUUUUUUUAAAUGUAUGUUUUAUGUGUGACCAAACUGUGUUUGUGUAAUGUGUGUGUGUGUGUGUGUAUCUAAUUAACCAUAUGCCCUUGAAAAAAGAAAGGCUUAAGCUGAGAGAACACGCUUCAGGAACAGAGGCUUGAAACCUGGUUCCAGGAGACUCGGAGACCUAGUGUGAGAGAAUUUUGCUGUAUUAUUAUUAUUAUUAGUUUAUUUAGCAGACACCUUUAUCCAAGGCGACUGUGUGAACUAUGCAUCAGCUGCAGAGUCACUUACGCCUAUGUCUCACCCAAAAGACGGAGCACAAGGAGGUCAAGUGACUUGCUCAGGGUCACACAGUGAGUCAGUGAGUGAGCCGGGAUUUGAACCGGGGACCUCCUGGUUACAAGCCCUUUUCUUUAACCAUCGGACCACACAGCCUCCCCUGGUGUGUCGUGCACUGGCCUGAAUCCUAGUCUCCUGAAAUCAAGUUCCAAGCCACAAAGUGGCUUUGUGUUCAUGCCGCUUCAGUAAGUAUUUCUCAUGGAAACAGCCUUACUGUGUGUGCUGUGGAGAGCGUGUUAACGUCGCCUGCCGGCUGGGUUCUGUGUGACAAAGUAUUUGGAUGUGAAGUGAUGUUAAGGAAGGGGUCAGGAGACAGGAAUGAUGGGGAUGCAUUUUGAAUCUCAGGGAUGUAUGAAUGCAGAAACUGGGACUCCUGUUUAAUGGAAAGAAAAUUGCACUUAUUAAAAAAAGGUCUUGUUUUAGACGCUGCUUUUGAACGGUAGGUAGUUCCUAUCUCGUUGUUUUUGUUUUGUGUUCGGUCUGUUAACUUGCAGUAUAAAACGUUCAGAAUCCAACUGUUACAAUACACACUAAAACAAAGACUGUUCUGACUUUGUGCAUAUUCUUGAAGGAUUUUUUUUUUUUUUUUCAUGUGGUUUUAGAGAUGUCUGUAGCGUUCAGUUCUAAACGCUGGUUCAGUUGCAGGACAUUUAUUCAUCAUGUGAUAUGAACAAGGACUGCCUCGGUUCGGAGCGUGUAACAGCGCUGGGAGUCCUGCCCUGUCCUCUCAUCUGUAUGUAGCUACACCUAUGCAGUGGUAAAAUGAUGAGCAAUAAAAAUGAUUGAGCAUUAGAAUGAAGAGUGUUUAUUUUUCAUUAAGGUUAGAGUUAUCUUGUCCAUAAAUGUUCGUUUCUUCUCUCUCUCUCUCUCUCUCUCUCUGUCAACAUAAACUAUCACAAAUGUCAGCCCGACUUAGAAAUUGUAAUGCAACUGGAGCCAAGAUCAAUGCAGCAAUGUGUUUUGCGUUUUAACAAAAAGUAAAAAAAAAAUAAUAAUUCUAAAUAACUUGUCAUGCUAUAGAAUAAGAAUUUAAUGAAUGUAAUACAAACAUGUUUGUUGAAAUUGGGAACAGCUUUCGAAAUAAAGUUUUCUCUGAAUCUCAA